GAAAUAGUAAGGGUGAGGGGUACUCUAGAAACGCCAGCUCUAUUACGACGACCUCUCCAUAGACAGGCUGUUCACUGUUGCGAUUUUUUGUGUUGUUGCAGCAGAAAUUGCGUGUUAGUGUUAGGUAUACUUUUUUGGCAUUCUUUCUAUAUUACGUCUUAAUGCAGAAAUAAAAUAAAUUAAGCACAUUUUGAAAGAAACUGAAUCUUCAAUGGUCACCAUUCAUUUCAACCCAGACCAUAUCGCUGUAGCCAUGUCUGCCACCAAAGGCUGUUUAGUGUGCCGGUCAACUGGUGGUCACUUCACAGUCUCCAGGGGACGAAGUCGGUCAGCUUGUAGAAGACAGUAAACGCCUGCAAGCGGUGCAUCAGACCUGUGUUGGGGGAAGUGGGAAGGGAGGCGGGGAAUGCAGGAAGCUCGCAAUUUGUGGUGGACUGCCGACCGACGGCGUCCUCACCCCACCCCCAGCUAAAGAUCAGAGGAAUGUGGAGGGGUGCAGGUCACAAUGUUGUGUGUGUGUAGGGGGAGUAAACCUAUAAAAAAAGAAAAAAACAACGCUAGGCCCUUGAAGGUGGUUGAGCAGAGAGGUGAGCAGCUAGCGCAUUCCAAACUAUCGUAAACAGUCGCCACGAGACAAAGCACACUGUCUCUCUCACCUUCCCCCCACCUCGCCAACUCCCAGGUGCUCGGCUGAAUGCCUUGUGGCUAUUGCAGCGUGAACGCCGUGUGCAUGCCAGACGAGGCUUGUCGACCGCAAGGUGCAGUCGUUGCCGCACCGGCUCUAGCGCCGCGCGCCUCUUGCUGUCCUCCCGCUAACGGUAGACCAGCAGGAAAGUCUUCUCAUAAUCGUGUUGUCUUCACUGUCAACAAGGCUUGUGUGAUACAAACUCUACAAAUGUAGGCCUCUUGCGAAUGGUGCCAGGAAAGGGACUUAGUGUGUAAACAGAGAUGUUUAACAAACCAUUGUGAUUGCGCUGAGUGAACCAGAUGUAGACAGUAUUGGAUGCUCAAACAUCACAGUUUGAUUUGGUGGACAGAGAGUUCAGGAUAAUCUUACACAAUUUGAUUUUGUGGACAGAGCAUUGGAUACCCAAUCCUGCAUGUUUUGAUUUUGUGGCUAAACAUGGGUGUACAAGCACAUAAUUCAGAGGUGAUCUACGAAAACUCAAAUUUUUCCAAGCGUCGAUGCUCUCUUUGCCAUCUUCAUCAGACUGCAAGCAUGGCCCAACAGCAGCAAUAUCGUGACCCUCCUCCAUAUCCUGGUCACUCUAAACAAGUCCUCAACAAUCAGCCAGGUCUUCGACAAAGUUUUUCGGGAAGCGAGACCAGCACAGAUGUUUCUCUUUCUUCAACGGAGAACCUGGCCACGUGGCAGAGACAAGAACCACAAGGGGAGGAAACUCAAGCACCCCUUUACCAGCAACUGGAUGAUGGCGGCUACAGCAUCCUGGCAAGGCUGGGUAUGCCAUCUGCAGCGCUGGAUAUGAAAGGCGGGCAGGAUCCACAGGUUCCAUCAUCACUGUCUUUUCUGUCUGUUGGAUCGCAUGUUUCGCCAUACUUUGCACACCCCGUACACUCCCAAUCAGUGUAUGCUAGCACCUGUGGACCAGCUAGUCAGGAAGACUCUACAAAUAUUUACAGUGUGGUAGGGAACAGAAACACUUUGACAGUUCCACAUCAUUGGCAAGCACAUGGACUUCCCCCGCCACAGUCUGGACAAUACGCACGAAGUGUUACCCCCACCUACCACCAUCCCCAUCCCUAUGUCAACUCCCAGUGGUCACCUGGGGAAGGGGUGGCAACUACUCGCUCAUCUCAGAAUACACAAUUGUUGUCUUACUUGGUCAACUUGCCGCCACCGCCAGAGUACCCAGGAAACAAAGCAUCGGACAAAAAGGAUAUAUGUCGAUCUCAUGAACGCAUACCAUGUAAAGUGGAACUGACACGUUCACACCCAGACUUGUCCCGCUUGUCAGAGCCAGCAUCUUCACAGGGUCAGCCUCAAAGUGGGACAGCCCCACUAGGCAUGCACACAGCCAGUGAACCCAUCUUUACCAUUGCUGCUUCAGGGUCAUCAGGUUCAGGGUCCCAGGUGAAGCUGCAGCAGUUAGUGGCAAUGUUGUCAGCAGACAAUGAAAAACUAAGAGAAGAAUUAGCAUCAUGCUACAAAAAAGUCAACAAAUUACAGAAGCUGGAACUGGAAAUACAGAAUGUUCAUGAAGCUUAUGAAUCUUUGGUCAAGUCAUCUCAGAAACGAGAGAUUCUAGAAGCAGCUGUGAAGUCCAAAUUGGAGGAAGAAGUUCGUAGGCUGCGUUUGCAGUUGGAGGAGGUUCAAGCUAAAAGCCACAAGUCAGCAGUUACGAAACAACAGUCAUUGGAGUCCAGUUUACCCAAAGUGAAAAGUGAAAGUGAUGUCACCAUUUCCAAGCUGUUGUCACAAAAUCAGCAGCUGGCUUCACGGCAAGAAAACUUAGAGACACAGGUCGCAAACUUGCAGCUGUCAGCUGCUCAGCACAAAGCACAGCGGGACCUUCUUAAUGCCAGGCUGGCUGCUGCGCAGGACAACCUUUGCCUCUUAGAGGAUGAAGUCCGUAAAAAGGAUAUGCAGAUGGGACGUGUUGAACAGCUACAGAAAGCAUUCACCUCACUUCAGACAUCAAGUGACCGACGAGAAGAGAUUGAGAAACAACUUCGUCUGCAUCUGGAACGGGAACUGGAUAUGUACAAGUCACAAGAAAAGGGCCUUGCGACAGAGACAGAGAUAGUAAGAGAGGAGGGCAAGUGUGUGGCUGGUCUGCAGCAGCUGCUGAGUGAGAAAGAUAAGAAAAUCCUGCAGCUACAAUCUCAACUUGUUAAGUUGGAACAGAAUUUUUCAGAGCUGCAAGCUUUGCGGCAUAUGGAGGACAGAACAAGCACCCAUGAGGUACAGAUUGCAGCUUGGGAAGAAAGUUCUGUGGAAACAGGAAAAUUAUUUGAUGAAGCAAUGUCUGAAAAGCUACAGCAUAUUGAAGAACUGUAUCAGUCAAACCGACGAGUGGCAGAAUUGGAAGCUAAGGUUAAAGGUCUUCAGAAACAGUUGACAGAAAAGGAGGCUAUGGUCAAGAUGUACCAACGCACACCAGCCAGCCUCCCACGCAGCUCCAGUGUGCACACUCUUUCCUGCUCCCCUCUCCACUCUCCCCGUCCCUCCCUCAUUGCAACAACUGCACUCACACGGCCACUGACAUCAACCACUGCAUCAGGAAGCAGCAACGGUGACUUUGUUCAUGCCAGACAUGUCAAGACAGGCAGCACAAGUGCCAUAGAAACUGGUCGCAAAAUGUCACUUGAUGACACCCUCAGUGAACAGCGCCAGGCUUGUCACCCAGUGAGCAAAAGUGACUCAGAGGAGGAGACAAGACUGUGGCAAGUGUGAGCACUUUGUCAGAAGAUUUGUUGGUGCAUUAUCUUGAUUAGAGACAAUAAGCAAACUAUGUGCCACAGGAAUUUUUUACUUGAAGAUAAAGAAAAGGACCUGGUCACAAGUGAAAACAUUUUGAACUGUCCAUGCCAUCAGCUGCUGAGUGAUGCAACACACAGUUUGCCAUGCUGUUUGACAGCAUCACCAUGGAGUGUUUGUUGCUCUAUUUGCAGUGCUGCAUGAUUGGUCAUCAAGUUGUUCCACCAUCCCAUGUAUGCAAGCUGACUGACAAGUCUUUGUAAAUGGGCCAUUGGAGACACAUCUGGAAAGAAAGUGCAUAUGUUGCAGUGACAAGUUUUUUUCCCAUCAGCCAGAUAGGACAUGUACAGUCUUGUCAUGCAGUUUCAUUUUUAACAGAGACAAAGAGGCUAUCUCUGGGGCGGUUACGUAAGAGCUUAAGAGUGCUAUUUGCCUGUUACUGGCCUGCUAAUAUAAGUGCCCCUAAAGACUGGAGUGUAUUAUGCCUAAAUAGCAGCACAAGUGCAGACAUUUGAACUCUGAGAGUUGCCAUGUCACACCAUACAUCGUUUUAUGAGAAUAUAGAUGAUCAACCAAGGGAGGCUGAUUGGGUGGGGAAUUGCAAUCUUGAUUUGAAAGUGCUGAAGACUGAAGCACCUUGUUUAUAUAUAUGCACAAGAGAGAGGCCCCAUGUCUCAUACUUCAUGGAAAAAAAAUGUCUCCAGGUUGCAUCUAUUUAAUAAUUUUUAUGGGGGAGGGGCCUUCCUUUGCAAAGAAUCCACAGUACAGAUAGGAUACACAUGAGCAUUGAUAAUAUAGGAAUUGGCAUGGCUACUUAUUUAUUCUUGCUAUGGUACAAAAGCACAUAGAUGGGAAAAAGUAAAAUGGGGUCAGGGGGGUUGGGAAAAGUGCCCUGAUGAAACGUGCAAUAUGUCUUGGUGGUGCUGUAUGCUGGCCUUGUGUCUCAAGUUUGAUGAAAAUGUGCCCACUUGAAGAUAGGUCAGUUGUUUAUAUCUGGGGAACACACAGAUGCACAGCACCACCCCUGAGAAAAUAGUAUGUUUUUUGGGGUGGUUUUUUGUGAGACUUGGUUAUACUCUUUCCUGCUGUUGUUGCAAUACCCUGGCAUUUGUGCAUCACCUUGUAACAAACAUUUGCAGUACAGACUGGCUCCACACUGACAGUUGAUGUACAAUAGUCAGAAAUGCUAACAUCUAGUCCCAUUUUGUGACAGAAUGUUUUGUUGUCAACUGUUUUCUUUCAUCAGCUUGUAAGAUAUUUGUUAUAUGUGUUGUGAGGUGAUGAAGCACAAGCAUGACAAGAAGCAGAGACAAUUUUAGACCUGUGUUCAUGUUGAUUAGGGUUGGAAAACUUUCUUGCAUCAUGUGCUUAUUGUCACUUGUCACAGUACACAAAAGUAGAAAAUUCAUGGUGUAUUUGAUAAGACUAGUAGUUUAAUAUCGGUGCUUUAGUCAUUUGAUCUAGUUUCUCAAGCACUAGCUACUAUUGUUGCUAGAGCCAUUGCUGUAUUUAAGAAAUGUGACUGGAGAGUCAUUACUGAUGAUGCGAAGGUAAUAUUUUCAUGGCUUUUUUUAAAAAUGGGGAUGGGGUGGUAGAUGUGGUGAACAGAAAUCGGUCAAAUAAGCUUACUGGUCAGUUGGAUGGUAGAUGUUUUGCAUGUGGAUUGAAUGCUUUGGCUUGGAGCUGCUUGCAGAUCAGGUUAUGCGCUGAUAGGAAGAAAACUUGUGACUACCUGCUGGUCAGGUGAUAAUUUGCAGGAUGCCUGCAGGUCAGGCAGUGUGAUGAUGGGCCAGAGGUGGGUCUCUGUCUGCUGGUCAGGUAAUCAUGUUGGUGGGAGAAAAGGGUACUAGCACUGAAAAAUCUGCAGAUUUUUUUCUGAGAUUAGUUUCUUGCUACCUUUAAUGAAAGUUAUCAAAAUAUUUAUCAGAAAUGAACUUGUGUGUGAACAUUUCAUUAUUUGCUGUCAUUAAUUUGUAGAAAUGAGGUAGUAUUCUGUAUUUUUGUAAGAUCACAGUCCUUUUUACUUUGGUGAUACACAUUAAAGCUGCCUGUGCUGAUUAAAUCCAUAUCUAAAAGAAGAGAUAUUGUUGCUAUACUCACACAAGGCCUGUUUUCUAUUUUGAUAGUAAUCUAACUGAAAAGUUUGGAGUCUCCUUUUUUACUUGGAAUGUUACAUUUUGUGAGUAAGUUUCAUUUUGAGCCUUUUUUCUUGGAAUGUUAACUUUGUGAACAAGUAUCAAACUUUUGAAAUUUUAUACCAACAUAAUAGUUGAAUCAUUUUAUGCCUGGAUUAUGAUGUCUGAUGUGGUUUUUUUUGUCUGGAAUGUGUAACUGUCAUGUGAUGUACACUGCUUCUUCUGUAACCUUUUGAGGAAGAAAGCAGACUGAAUUGGAAUAAAUUAUUUUUGUGAAAAGGGUGGUUUUCCCCGUUUUGCUGUCUUAAACAGCUUGUACAAUAACCAUUCCUUUAUUAGUGUAUAGACAGACAUAUGGUUCAUAUAUUUUGUACAGCCAGUUAUGCAAUUUUUGGUAAUUUAACUACUUAUACCUAAAAUAGAUGAUUGAGAAUGUCA